AUGCUUGGUGUAGUCGACGAAAAACGACAAGAACUGGAAGAGGAUAUCCAAUCACUUAAACUUAAAGUUUCGAUGUUGGAGGCUGAAAAGUACAAGAAAAUGAACACAUUGAAUAAGAAAGCACUUGAAGGGGAUCAACUCACGACAGAAGAGAAGGACAUGCUGAAGAAAGAGGUAGAUUUAGUAGAAACGCUUCGCAACGAAUUACAGAAAGAACCGAUUAAAGAGUCGCGCUCAAGAAGACUUGAACAAAAACGAGUUGACAGACACUCUCUCUCAUUAACCUUUCGAAGGAAGAAAGGAGUCAUUUCAUUCACUUCGAUGACAACGAAAACUGCUGGGGAGAGUGUUUCAAUAGGGGAAGCGAACUCCGGGAAAUCGGGUGCGCAAGAGAUCAAGGAAAUAUUGCAGAAAGCAAAGGAAGAGAACCUUUCAAAGGAAGAUUUGAUUGAUAAAGUGUCUGCGUGUAUCAAUAGGAUCUAUCAAGAGUUCCGCCCAUUCCAAUUAACAGCAUUAAAAAGUGUCGACGAAGACGUCAUUGUGCAACAAAAGUCGAACACGCGGUUUUCUGUCUAUAACCAAGUCCUCCCCCACUUCGAUGAAGUGACUGUGGACGAAGAAGUCAAUCGCCUUGGUGAGAAAAUGGUGUUGGGGUAUGACGAUUUGGUGAUGCGAGUGUGUGACUCUGUUGCUGUUGUAGCUUCUGUGUUAGUCGACACCGUCUCUUUUGCGUCGCUCGCUGUCGCGCGCCCUGAAAUUGAACAAUAUAUUACACAGUUCCAAACUGCCAUUGAAGCGUUGAAAGUGAAGAUCAUUGGAUUGAUGACUAUAGUUAAAGAGCUUAUAGAGACAUAUGUGAAGUGUUGUGAGUGUGUAGAUGACGACUUCAAGAAGUACUUAGAAAAUUACAAUUUUGGUGUAUCUGUGCUCCAAAAGAUCGACUUAGAGCCUGUUGUGAACAGUUUCAUAGUAGAAGCGGCGAAGGGUGAAGGACAACAACUUCGAGUAGGGUUUAUUGAAAAGGACUUCUACGAGAGUGGGGAGAGUCUCUCUUCUGUGGUGUCGCGACUGAUUAUGGUCAUUGGGAAUGUGGUGCGCAAUCGAAUUAGUAAAAUGGAGGACGUCACGAAGAAGAAGAAAAAGGAUAAAGCGGACGAGGAUAACCCUUUUGUAUUGCCGAGUAAAGACAUUGUGAAGCUGGAGUUCAAUGAAGUGACGUCAGUCUGUUAUUCGUUUUUAGAAUCGCUGAAAGUGUAUGUGGGGAAGGUCUACACUGCGCGUGAAGUCAGAAAUAUCAGUGAGAAUUCGACGACGCGAUUGAAGGAAGAGCCGUGCGACUUUUGGCAAGAAAUCCGGUCGAAAGAAGCGCCGAAGACGAAUGGAGACCCGCCCGAGACGAAACUUGCUGCGGGAUCAUUGAACCGAAUUAUUGAAACGCUCACAUCGCCCCUAUUUAAUGACACAUUAUAUAGAAGAGCGUUCAUGUUUUCAUUUCCUGUGUUUACAACAGCGAAGAAGGUGAUUGAUACCCUCUUUACACGAUUUAUGGUACCCCUUGGAGAUAAACCUUCUGAUGAAGAAAAGAAAACUGCGAUGGUCAUUAAGUCGCGAGUGAUUGUUGCGUUGAAGUAUUUCUGUGACGAUGCGCUUGAUGAAUGUAAUCAAUCCCUGCUGGAAUAUAUGAAAGACUUUUUGAACCGCCCGGAACACGGAGAAUCGUAUCAGAAAAGCUUGAAGAGUUUGACACAAACGAUUGACAAACGACUGUAUGAAAGAAAUCAAAUGAUAUCGAACUACUUCAUCCCACCCGUCGACUUGUUCUUUACGCAAGAUAUGUGCUCCCCGACACUCUUCUUCACACGAAUGGACGAUUAUGAAAUAGCAAAACAACUGACGAUGGUAGACUCUGCGAUUUAUAGAGCCGUCCGAUCGACUGAAUUAAUUGGUCUUUCAUUUGAUAAGAUGAAACAUAGAGCCCCGAAUGUAUGUAAAAUGUUGUCGCGAUUGGACGCGAUUUCACACUGGAUAGGAACAACAAUAUUGAUGUUCUACGACGUCGAUAUGCGAGCGAAGAUCUUGAACAAGUUUGUGAGUAUUGCGGACAAAUUGUAUCAGUUGCAAAAUUUCCAAUCACUUGCGGCGUUUUACUUUGGGUUUGAGUACCCGCCGGUCUCGCGACUUGGAGCGACAACAGCACUUCUGACUCCUCAAAGCACGAAAAUCAUUAAGACGAUCUCAGCACUGUUUUGCCCUGAUAAUCAGAACUAUAAGUUAUACCGUAAUUUAUUAAUAGAAGCGAAGGGAGCGACGGUCCCAUUUGUGGCAGUCAUAACGAAGGAUUUGACAUUCAAUUUGGAGGGGAACGAGAAGUUUGUCGACUCGCCACAAGGGAAACUGAUCAAGAUGGAAGUCCAGGAACGCUCGAUGAAGUACAUCGACGAGUUCUUGUCAUUCCAACAAUUCAACUACAACUUCCCAGUCGUUCAACCGAUAUAUAACUACUUGAAGAACGUCAUCUGUCAACCGGAGGAUCUCCUCUAUAAGACAUCAGUCACCGUCGAACCAAGAAAGUCGAAGUAA